AAGUAUUCUGGAUCAUAUAUUGGACCUCGAUCUGUUAUGAAGAAGCCAACUUAAUAAGUAUGGAGGAAUUUAAUAGGCUGAAAAGCCAUUUCCCAAGUAUGAACCUUUAUGUAGAACCGGUUAUCUUGAAUUAUAUAAAUGACAUUUUUGAUGUUUUCAAGAACAGAGAAACUUACGACACAGCAGAAAUUUAUCGGGAGAUAGAAGAUAAACGAUUUAGUAAAAAAUUAGGGAUAAAAACCUUAAAAGAUCGGCAGAUCACCUAUAUAUACGAUACUUUACAGCAAUU